AUGUACACGUUGCUGCUUGAGAGGAACUGAAACCUCUGGAGAGAAAAAUAAACAGAAACAAUCUGAGAGCACAAACUCCCCUUCUUCCUCCUCGAUUUUCUGCUUCAGUCACCGUCUGAUUCCUGUUUUGCGAUAAAAGAUGGCCGGAGGAGGCGGCGGUGGAGCACCACCGGCGGCAAAGGACGACCCUUUACCACAUCCGCCCAAGGAACAGCUUCCCAACAUCUCUUACUGCAUCACCAGUCCACCACCAUGGCCUGAAGCUAUUUUACUUGGGUUUCAACACUAUCUCGUGAUGCUCGGGACAACGGUUCUUAUUCCCUCGGCUCUCGUUCCUCAAAUGGGAGGUGGAAAUGAAGAGAAGGGUAAGGUGAUCCAGACAAUACUGUUUGUUGCUGGAUUGAACACCUUGCUUCAGACGCUGUUUGGAACAAGAUUACCUGCUGUCAUUGGGGCAUCCUAUACGUUUGUCCCGACUACAAUCUCAAUCAUGCUUUCUGGGAGAUUCAAUGACACUGCAGAUCCAGUCGAUCGAUUUAAAAGGAUCAUGCGGGCAACACAAGGUGCACUUAUCGUUGCUUCUACUCUUCAAAUGAUCCUCGGCUUCAGUGGUCUUUGGCGUAAUGUUGUGAGGUUCUUAAGUCCGCUUUCGGCUGUUCCUUUGGUUUCCUUGGUUGGUUUUGGGCUGUAUGAGUUAGGCUUCCCUGGUAUUGCCAAAUGUGUUGAGAUUGGGCUGCCGGAGCUUAUCAUUCUGGUAUUUUUCUCACAGUACAUGCCCCAUCUCCUGAAAGGAGAAAAUCAUGUGUAUGAUCGUUUUGCCGUCCUAUUUUCUGUGGCUGUGGUGUGGCUUUAUGCCUACGUCCUCACGAUCGGCGGGGCUUAUAAUGGCGCUGGACUGAAGACUCAGACCAGCUGUCGAACUGACCGUGCUGGCCUUAUAGGUGCUGCUCCAUGGAUAAGGGUUCCAUGGCCUUUCCAGUGGGGAGCGCCAUUGUUUGAUGCUGGUGAAGCCUUUGCCAUGAUGAUGGCUUCUUUUGUUGCCCUUGUCGAGUCCACAGGGGCUUUUAUCAUUGUCUCUAGAUAUGCAAGUGCCACUAUGAUGCCGCCUUCUGUUCUCAGCCGCGGUGCCGGUUGGCAGGGAAUUGCCAUUCUGAUUUCUGGGCUGUUUGGUACUGGCACUGGAUCCUCUGUUGCUGUGGAGAAUGCCGGUCUUUUGGCUCUUACAAAAGUCGGUAGCCGGAGGGUUGUCCAAAUAUCAGCAGUCUUUAUGAUUUUCUUCUCCAUUCUUGGGAAGUUUGGGGCUGUUUUCGCGUCGAUACCUGCUCCAGUUGUUGCUGCCUUAUACUGCCUCUUUUUUGCUUAUGUGGGCGCUGGAGGACUGAGCUUGCUACAGUACUGCAACCUGAAUAGCUUCAGGACAGUGUUCAUCUUGGGCUUCUCAAUCUUCUUAGGCUUGUCAGUGCCACAGUACUUCAACGAGUACACUUCUGUCAACGGUUACGGCCCUGUCCACACCAAAGCAAGAUGGUUCAACGACAUGGUCAACGUGCCUUUCUCGUCAGAGGCGUUUGUGGGAGGAUGCGUGGCGUAUUUCUUGGACACGACAGUGUACAAGAAAGACGGGUCGAUCAGGAAAGACAGAGGGAAGCACUGGUGGGACAGAUUCUGGACCUUCAAAGGCGACAGCCGGACUGAAGAGUUCUACUCUCUUCCUUUCAAUCUCAAGAAGUACUUCCCUUCUGUCUGAUCCCUUUGUCGCAACUCGCAAGUGUGUUCCUGUCUUUCUUCUGUAUAAAUGUGCUCUGGCCAGACAAAUGAGGAUGGAAUAAAGAACAUUGUGUAAGUUUA